AUGAAACUAGCAAUUAUAGCGUAUUUCAUUGCAUUCUGUUGGGCAUUGAUACCUGAAAAGGAUGUGAAACCCCACGUUUUUGUCUUGACUGACAUCAGUAAUGAACCUGAUGACGCGGAAUCUCUUGUCAGAUUACUCUUAUACUCCAAUGAAUUGAACAUUCACGGAAUCAUAGCCACCACCUCCUACUGGUUGAACUACACCACACAUGAAGAAGACAUUUAUCCAAUCUUGGAUGCGUAUGAAGUGGUUCGCCCACAACUUUUGAAGCACACUGACACCUAUCCAUCUGCUGAUUUCUUGCGCAGCAUCGUAUCGUCCGGGUACCCAGAUUAUGGUUUAGAUGCAUUCAAGCGAAGCGAAAUCAGUAAGGGGGCGAAAAUGCUCGUCGAACUGGUCGACAACCUCAAGGUUGGAGAAACAAUGAAUGUUUUAGUGUGGGGAGGUGCCGGAAUCAUUGCUGAAGCUUUAAAGGAAGUCAAAGAAACCCGUCUGACUGACCUGUUGAAUGAAUUUGUUCUGAAGAUUCUAGUGUACUCCAUCUCUGACCAAGACAACGCCGGAUCUUGGAUGAGGAUUAAUUUCCCCAAGCUUAAGUAUAUUGCCUCCAUCCAUGGCUUCAAUCAGUAUGGGUUGGCUUCAUGGGUUGGAAUUUCUGGUGAACAGUACAAUCCAUUUGAUUUUGGGGGUCCUAAUUCCGAUCUCGUUAGCAAGGCGUGGUUGCAGGAGAAUAUCAGAUCCGUUGGCCCUCUCGGCGCAGUUUAUCCAGAGCACAUGUUCAACAUGGAAGGAGACACGCCUUCGUUGCUCUUUGUGGUUCCAAACGGCCUUAAUAGUCCAGAAAAUCCAGAGUAUGGAGGCUGGGGUGGUCGCUACAUCCCAGUGGAUAUCUCCCGUUACCUGAAUCUUUACAGUGAUACCACCGAUUACGCGAUUGGAGAAGAUGGAAAAGUUCAUGUGAGCAAUCAGGCUUCCAUCUGGAGAUGGAGAGAUGCAUACCAGAACGAUUUCAAGACAAGAAUGCAGUGGACGGUGUCGGAGUUUGACGAGGCUUUCCAUGAGCCAAUCGUGGUUGUCAACGGUACAACCUCAUACUCCUCGUUGGACUUGGACGUUGAAGUCGAAACUACAGUAAAACUAGAUGCUUCCAAAUCUUACGAUUUGAACAAGAACGAUUUGACUUUCAAAUGGUUCCAUUACAGAGAGAUCACUGUCUCGCAGAGCAACAUCAUCGAGGUUCCCGAAAUUGAAAUCACUCCACUCAACUCCGAAGGGUCGAUUAUAACUUUUGAGGUCCCAGACUUCAAGUCCGCUUGUCACUCGAUCUUCGGUAAGCCUCUUGACUCGUGCAAGCAAUAUCACAUCAUUCUUGAAGUGUCUAAUGCAGGUACCAGGUCCUACAGACGUGUGAUUUUAAAGACAAACAAGGGAGAGAGAAAGUUUGAAGAGUAUAAGGCGACACAAAACUUCGAGGGUGUUUCCCAUGACGAGUUGUAG